UUCAGUGCUGUCUGCUUUGAACGGGAAGGUCGCGCGGGAUAACUGCUCCCACCGCGAUACUAUUUGUUUUCUUUUUUCGUUUUCUUUCUUUCUUUUUAUGCUUUUCUUCUUCUUCGUUGGCAUCGAAUAUGUAACCUAGAUGUACUCAUAUCUGUGCUUCGAUGGAUCAUGGAGAGGAGAAGUCGCUCUGUCCAGAGAGCAACCAACUUAUUGCGAGAACGCGAUGGAAAUUGUUAGCAAAGGUUUUACACAAGACGAACGCUGAGAAUGGCCAAUCGAGUUCUCAGCUUGCCCCAACUACCUCAAGAGAGUUGUAUGGCCUUUUUGAGUGGCAUGUUUUAGAAUCAAAUAGAUUUUGGAAAGAUACUACUGGCCAGUGGUUACAGUGUUGUUCAUUUAACUACCCACAUUUUUCUCUAAAUGUUAGAUUUCUCAUCAAUCAAUUUUCCAUCAACGAAUUAACAGGGUUCAAUAAUACAGGAAAUGUGUGUGUUUGGCCCUCAGAGGAGGUCCUGGCCUAUUACUGUAUGAAGAAUAACUAUGUGUUCAAACAGAAAACCGUCCUAGAGCUAGGUGGAGGUAUGACAUGCCUCGCUUCCUUUGCGGUUGCCAAAACGUCUGACGCAACUUUAGUCGCUUGCACUGAUGGCAAUCCAGCUUCCGUAGAAAACGUUAAGCGCAUAAUCCAGCACAAUAAUCUCAGCAGCACCUGCCCAAUAACCGCCCAAGUGUUAGACUGGAAGAACGAAUCGUCCUUUAAAGACAUGGAAUCGAUGUGGGACGUCAUUCUCUGUGCUGAUUGUUUGUUUUUCGAUGACGGACGUCAAGCUCUAGUAGAUACCAUGCAGCGGAUAACAACACGCAACGGACUAAUUUUAAUCAUGGCACCAAGACGAGGCCGCACGCUAGACGCUUUCCUGGAACUCUGCCACGGCAAGUUUGAUAUCUACCUCGAAGAAGAAUUUGACGACGAUGUCACUCUCUCCCACCAAAAGAAGUUGCUGAGCCCGGAUUACAAUUCUGAUCACAACUAUCCGCUACUGGUCCAGUUAAAGAAACGUUAAUCUUUCCUUUACACCCUAAAAUUUUGAUAAUGUUUUAGCUUCGUAAUUUGAAUUUUUUUCGUGUGAAUCUUCCGGUUGCAAUUGUUUUUCAUGUGUGCAGUUUUAUUUCUUGACUCUCGAAUGUGAUCUUCAAAUCAGCA